AUGAUGCUGAGGGUCAUCCCCAAUCAGUUGCUGGAGCAGCGUCCUCUCUUUGUGGAGAAUACAGAGCACGAGUAUCCCACUCCGAAGUCACUCUCAGAUCCAUCCAUGACUGAGGGACCCUCUGCUCCAGUUGAGCCAGACCUGCUGUCCUCCAACCUAACCAACUCUACAGACUGUGGAGAGGAGAUCCUGCUCUAUGGGGACACUGAGAAAAUCGUGAUUGGGACAGUGCUCUCCAUCAUCACCUUACUGACCAUCGCUGGCAACGCCUUGGUCAUCAUCUCGGUGUGCAUUGUCAAGAAGCUCCGGCAGCCCUCCAACUACCUGGUGAUCUCCUUGGCAGCAGCCGACCUCUCCGUUGCCUUUGCGGUCAUGCCCUUCGUGAUCAUUACGGAUCUGGUGGGAGGGGAGUGGCUGUUUGGGAAGGUGUUUUGCAAUGUGUUCAUCGCCAUGGAUGUUAUGUGCUGCACCGCUUCCAUCAUGACCUUGUGUGUCAUCAGCGUGGACAGGUACUUGGGGAUCACACGGCCGCUGACAUACCCCGUGAGACAAAACGGGAAACUAAUGGCCAAGAUGGUGUUCAUAGUUUGGCUUCUUUCUGCCUCCAUAACUCUUCCUCCGCUGUUUGGCUGGGCCAAGAACGUCAACGUUGAAAGAGUCUGCCUCAUCAGCCAGGACUUCGGGUACACCGUCUACUCCACUGGGGUCGCCUUCUACAUCCCCAUGACAGUCAUGCUUGUCAUGUACAGCCGGAUCUACAAAGCCGCCAAGGUCAGUGCAGAGAAACACCGGUUCAUGAGCUUCCCCAGACACCAGGAGCAGGAGGGGGUGUACUGCAUGGACGUCAGCGUCCGAGGCCAUCACAACUCCAAACGCAGCAAGGCAGUGGAGGAGUGCGCCACCUUAUCCAAACUGCUCAGGCAAGAUCGAAAGAACAUUUCCAUCUUCAAAAGGGAGCAGAAAGCAGCCAGGACCCUCGGCAUUAUCGUGGGGGCCUUUACCUUUUGCUGGUUUCCCUUCUUCCUGAUGUCCACGGCCCGGCCUUUCAUUUGUGGCAUCCAGUGCAGCUGCAUGCCUCUGCGGCUGGAGAGGACCCUGCUGUGGCUGGGUUACACCAACUCCCUUAUCAACCCCUUGAUCUAUGCUUUCUUCAACCGCGAUCUAAGGACUACUUUUUGGAACCUUCUGCGGUGCAGGUACAGGAACAUCAACAGGAGGCUGUCGGCAGCCAGCAUGCACGAGGCCUUGAAAGUCACAGAGAGACAUGAGGGCAUCUUGUAA